AUGACCCGCAUGCACUCCGUGGCUAACAUCAUUUCGGCUCUCUACUUUGCGCUUGGCUUCGGCGCCUACGGAUGCGUUCGCAGUUAUCCCAGCCCGCUCUUCCUCUGCGCGUACCUCUGGCUAAUUGUCAUGUAUAGCAUCAUUGGCUACAAGGUUAUGAUCAUUCUAAACGAGGAACUCGGAGUCCCCCCCUCAAACACAUCUACUGGCUGGCCGAGCUACUCGCCACUAAAUCAGAACAAGCCACCCGCCUUGUUUUCUGGACCAGGAUACACUCUUGAGGACGUGUAA